AUGGACAGGAGGACAUUCCACAAAUUAUGUGAGAUGGUUAGAGUUACUGGUGGUCUAGAGGGCACAAGGAACACAUCGCUGGAAGAGAUAGUGGCUACAUUUCUCUACAUAAUAUCACACCAUCUAAAAAAUAGAACAAUCAAGAAGUUAUUUUAUCGAAGUGGUGAGACGAUAAGCAGAAAUUUCAAUAAAUGUUUGCUGGCUGUUUUGAAGCUGCACAACCUACUACUUAAGAAACCAGAGCCUAUACCUGAAGAUUGCACAGAUAAUAAUUGGAAGUAUUUCAAGAAUUGUUUGGGCGCAUUAGAUGGUACACACGUCAAGGUUACCGUCCCAGCUAAUCUAAGAGGGAGGUAUAGGUCAAGGCUGGCUGAUAUUGAUACAAAUGUUUUGGGUGGAUGUAUAAUAGCUAUAGAGCUAGAGGCCACUAAGCUCAAGUGUUGCACGUGGCAGGGGGAAAACAAAAGAAAGUGGACAACAAUGGAGGACGAUGAGCUAGUCAAUGCUCUCUAUGAUCUGUCAUUGGAUCCACGGUGGAAAGGUGAUAAUGGUUUCAAGAAUGGGUAUUCCUCAGUGCUGGAAAGUAGGUUGGCUGAAAAGGUACCUGGUUGUGGUCUUAGUGCUGCCCCACACAUUGAGUCAAGGGUGAGAUACUUUAGGACCAAGUAUGGAGCAAUUGAAGUUAUGCUUAAAACAAGUGGGUUUUCUUGGGAUGAGAAUAGGAAAAUGAUCCAGUGUGAAAAGCAAUCAUACGAGGAACAUUGUAAGCUUCACAAUGAGGCCAAGGGCUUGUAUGGUGUGCCGUUCCCUUAUUUUGAUAAGUUGGCUGCAAUUUAUAGCAAAGAUAUAGCUACUGGGGAGGGUGCGGAAGGUUUUGGCGAAGCUAUAACAAAUUUGCAGAAUGAGAUUGUCAUCGAGGAUGAGAUGAGUGAUGAAGAGGAAGAUGACAGAACGUCAAGAGAGACACCUAGACGGUCUGUUGACAGCCAUGUCACCGCUGAUUCUACAAACUCUAAGAACAGAAAGAAAGGUAACGGGUCUCGUAGGUCAGAAUCAACGGAUCCUUUUCUCACCAUGUUUGGAGAUGUAAACAGCCAGCUGAAGAGUGUCACUCAGAAUGUUGGCCAAAUGGCAGCAACAAUGGAACGCGAAGCUAUUGCCCAAGAGAAAGCAAUGGAGGAAGAUCCUAGACUGAAGUUUAAAGAGAAAGCUAUCAAUGAAUUAUCAAGGCUUGGAUUCAAUGGGACUGAAAUCGUGAAUGCUGCCAGCAUAUUUGCCAAAGCUCCAGAAGAAAUGCAUAUGAUGCUUGCACUCCCGCAGAAUCUGAGAAGGGAGUAUGUUAAGAAAACGCUUGAUCUCCCGAUGGACGCCAACAAGGACACGAGGCAGACCAACUAG